UUUAAUUAAUUAUUCUUUAAGUCUUUCAAGUUACUAUGGCAACUUCUUAAUCUCCUACUUUCACAUUUCAUAAAUCCGUUUAUUUAUAUACACAAUUUUUAUUUUUACAAUUUUAGUCUGAGCUGGAAUCAUGUGGAUGACAAUUGACAAUAUAUUUGUUAAAAAUUGGUAUCAUUAUUUUUGAUUUUGACAACACAGACCAGUAAAUAAGUGUAUGACAUUUCUGAUACAUAUGUAAUGUAUUAUGUACUUCUAUUUUCUGUAGUUAUUUUGGUCUUGGGGUGGACUCGGUAUGGUCUCGGGGUAUAAUAUAUAGACUUUACUGUUAAUUUCAUUACGUUCGUGAGUGAGCUAGAAAAAUUAAAAUAUGGAUGAUUUACCGGAAACCAGUGGUAAUAAUGAUGGUACUGAUCUUGAGACCUUGGAUUAUCUUCGCGGUGUGAAAUCUUCUACAUAUCUUCUCUUGCCCCUGACUCCAAGUCCGACUCCGUUAGACUUUAAGCAUCCGCUUUCAGAGGAAAUGAACGAAGGACCAUUUUUAACACUCAAUGAUGAUCCCAAAAUUGAUCUGCAAAGUUCAGGUGAUGCUUGUGCUGGAGAUUCCAGUUCAUCGGGAGAUUCAAAUUCUGUAGUUCAAGAUCCAGUUAGCGCUCAACUAAUUAACAAUAUUAGUAUGCUAGACUACCAAACUCUUAGCAAAAAUGGUGACAUAAUCAUGGGACAGCCUGAAAUUUGUAAACUGAAUGGAAGCAUAAAUGUUAACAACAGGAAGCUGCCAAAUUUUGUUAAUUGGAAUUGGAGUGUUAUAAGGAAAAUCCUACUUUGGUUUGUACUCACUGGUCUUGUUGCUUGUAUUGGAGCCAUUAUUGCUAUGGUUAUUAAUAUACCCACAACAUGUAAUCCCAAACUUCCAUGGUACCAAGGUAAAGUCUUUUAUGAAAUAUUUCCUGCCAGUUUUAAAGAUUCAGAUAAUGAUGGUUUUGGGGACUUCAAGGGGCUUAUUAAAAAGUUAGACUACAUUAAAGAGCUAGGUGGCUCUGCCAUUCGCCUCAAUUAUAUAUUUGAAGCUAAUGAUUACCCUUACAACUAUUAUAAUUCAACAUCUCUGCUCCAAAUAGACAAGCGUGUGGGAGUUUUAAAGGAUUUCCAAGAAUUAGUGAAUGUGGCACACAAAAAGGAAAUGAAUAUCAUUUUAGAUAUCCCUGUCCUGAGUAUGACUGAACCAUUAAAAGCAUAUAAUGUGAAUGAUACUUUUGUGUUCUCUAUUGAUCCUCAAGAAAGUAAGGAUCCAACUUCUGCAGCAAUUGCGUAUUGGUCGCGUGCACAAAAUGUAGAUGGAUUUUAUUUAAAAAAUUUGGAAAAUUUUGUUGAUGAUGUUAAUUUUGAAAAAUCACUUCAACUUUGGAAACAAAUUUUAGGUAAUGGCAAAAUAUUUAUAGCCAGUGAAUUAUCAUUUGAGAAAGCUAAUGGUGCCAGUUCAACAGUGCUUCUGAGUUUGAUUGAUCUCAUUGAGGUUCAUUUAGAUUUGCAUAAUGGCACAACUGGUUUAAAGUAUCAUAUAAAAAAUAUUUUGUCUCUUUUUGAUAAAAAACACUAUCCGUGGAUCCUUUGGAAUAUUGGCAGUAUUAGUAGUGAUAGAGUGUCUGAAAAAUAUGAAAAUUAUACAUUACCAUUAACAGCUCUCGAGCUAGCUUUACCUGGUACUGUUAGUAUAUUUUAUGGCGAUGAGAUAGGUCUUGGCGGUUUGUCUGAUCAUGAUAUUGAGCAUGAUUUCCAUGAACAUGCGUCUAUAAAUAACGUUGCCAUGAUGACAUUCCCUAACAAUGACAAAGUAAGCAAUGCUGCACCAGCUCUUCCAUGGAUUUCGGAAUCUGCUUUGGAACCCAGGUAUCAUUACUUAAAUGUUAUUAAAACUUUCAUUGAGUUCAGAUUGAACACACCAACAAUAUAUUCAAAAGAAUAUUAUAAGGAUGACAGUAUUUUAAAAAAUACGGGGAUGCGUGAAACAGUGGAUAACCUUAUUUUGAUUGAACGAUGGUAUCCACGUCGGAAUACAUGCGUUUUAGUUGUAAAUCUAAGCAACAAAGCAAUAACUACAGACCUAUCUAUGAUGUUCUAUGGUGGAACAGUUGUAGUUAAUUCAAAUACUUCUUUGGUUGGCCAAGUUUUAUAUUUUGAUGAAAUUACGUUUCAGCCCUACUCUGCAGUCAUGUUUAAGUUGGAAAAAUGAGGAAUCUUUAGUUAUUUUUAUGUUACUCUCUCUGUCUAAGUUAUCUCUAAUAUAUUAUCAAACUUUCACUUCAUCAGUUAAUCUGAUUUAGGUAAAUAAAGAAUAUUUUACCUUAUUAAAGUUUCUUAAUGUUACGUACUUAUUAAAUUAAGUAAUAGCGUUAGAUACAGUUAAUAUUACUUAAUAAUUUUGAGUUGAGUACCUUGUACUCGUUCAGUAUGUAAAAUAUGCCAAAGAGUUUCAGUAUAAUUUCGGGAUGUUACUUAACAAAUUUAAUUAGAUCUUCCAAAGUGACAUAUUCAAGUUUCCUAGAUUUUAGUUAUCAGUUAAUAUUAAGUUAUAACGUUAGAUCAAGUCAAUAAUGUAUGAUAUUACCUAACGAUUUUGCAUUGAGUAUUUGUUGUAUUUGUAAAAUAUGCCAAAGAGUUUCAGUAUAAUCUCUAAUGUUACUUAACAAACAUUAAUUAGAUCUUCUAAAGCUUGUAUUUGAGUAUUUUAAUAGUCUUAAUAAAAUAAUCUCUUUAUAGUGUUCAUAAAAAUGUUAUUACGUUAUUUUUGCUUGUUAGUGUUUACAAAUUUUUAUAUUUUAAUACUUUGUUAACUUAUAAGUGAUAUAUUUUUGUGAAAUGUUUUUAAAAGUCUAAUAAUUUUAAUUUUUAGAACUAACUAUUUGUUAAAAAUGUAUCAGAAUCAUUAUCACAUCAUAACACUUAUAAGCCUGCUACCCACUUAGACGGCAUCAUCACUUAUAGCUGGGUUAGAUUGAAGUCUACGUAGAGGUAUAUAAAACUCUAAAGGAAGUUAACGAUUAAAUAAACAAAAUGUCGAAAUAAUGUACGCUCAAAGUAAACACGUAAAAUUCCCGUCAGUUUUCUCUGUACAAUUCAUUAUCACUUUGUUCUGUAUUCUGGGAUCAUCUCACAAUAUUAUGUAGGUAUUGUUGAUGAUUCUGUUGUACAAAAAUAUCUAAAGUCUAUUUUUCCUUACCUGUCUUAUAAUGUAAACGAUCUUUAUUAUUUUUUUAUAGUUCAUUUUCAAGUUGUUAAGAACAAACCUACAUAAAGAUUAUGCCAUACUAUCGUCUUUUCUUUCUUCUGCGUUUGUUUUAUAUUUUUUAAAUCAUACUUCUCUUGUUUAAUGUUAUUUUUGAAUUUUUGUUACUUAAUAAAUUGACUAGAAAUAAAAGUAUUGCUGCCCUUUUUACUAUUUUCCUUGUGGAAAAGGACAUCACUACUGGACUUUAAUGCCAUACCUAUCAAGUUUAGUUCAGUUCAGAGUUAUUUACAACACAAAAUACUUGAAAUAGCAAUAAACCUUCCUUUAAUUUCCAAGAAUUUAACGAUCUUUACUAUUUCACGCACAAUCAAAUAGGGUAGGUAGGUAUUUAAAUAAUACUCGGGGGUAUUCAUGUAAGAAACUUUACUUUUAUAAUACAUUUGUACAUGUUAGAAAAAUAGAUGUACUUAGAUACUGCUAUGUACAUGGUUGCAAUCGAAAUAAAUAGUUGUGAAAAAUAU